AGGGAAUUCCACCCAUUGGUUCGGGAUUGGAUCCCAUUCACAUCAACUCGCGAUGCAAGGACUGCGCGUGACGACGACCGCGCUUCGCCGGACCAUGGCGCUGCGCCGCCUCCAGGCGACGCCGCUGCUGCAGAGAGCCUUUGCAUGUGGCACAUCAGGCGCAAAGGACAAGACGAAGUUGAUGGCACCCAAGAAGCCCCGGCCGGCCGACCAGUAUGUCAACCCGUCUGGCAUCGACUUCCACCACGAUGCGCUCAAGGCCUUUCUGAGCGUGAACGAUCCGACAGCCGACGAGGUCGAUGUGGCCAAAGACCAGAUCGCAGAUGCGCUCGAGAGCCUGCGGCCGGACAUGCUCGGUCCCGAAGCCACGGUCUUGUCCUUGGCGGCGGACAAGGUGGCCGACCCUGCGCUCGUCUUGCAUGUCUACCGCGCGCUCCGCCAAGCGCGCGUCCAACCGGCGCCGCUCGUGCUUGAAAUCUCGGCCCGGUACUGCGCCUUAGCAUCGAAUGACGCCAAUGCGUGGAACACGGCGCUCGACAUCAUCGACGAGAUGCACGACGCCGUCCACCUCAUGGGGCCGUCCGCCGACAUUUACGAGCACGGAAUCAACACGUGUGCCCAAGCCGGCAAGUGGAUCGUAGCCUUGCGUCUUCUCAACGAAAUGCGACGCUACAACCUCGAGCCCUCCGGCGACGCGCUCGUCAUGGCCGGUCAGUGCUGCAUUGCCGCCAACGAGCUCACGGCGCUCGACAAGGUGCUGCAGAUGAUCGCAGCCGACAAGGAGUACCUGGACGUCGACAACGUAUACGAAAAGCUGCUGUUGACCGCCGUCGGCCAAGAGAACGCCGCCAUUGCCCACCACGUGCUGCUGCACAUGCACGAGUUCAAGCAGCCGACGACCAGCCUUCGGGCUGUCUCGGCGUUCUGGCAGUCGCUCACGCGCCCUUCCUCGCAGGCGCCAGUCCUCGAGCUCACGCCGGCGCACCAAGUACAGGCGAUCACGGCCUUUGCAGCCGACCAGCUCUGGAUCGAGUUGCACCAAUGGCUUCCGGUCCUCGGGUUUCCCGACUACAUGGGCGCCGACGCAUACGCGACGUCGACCCACUACAUGAAGAUUGCGUUUCACAUUGCGUCGUACCUCGAGGCGCGUGGCGUCGGCAUGGACGGCACGUUCUACGAUGCGCUUCUCCAAGGCUGCGGGCGGCAUCAGAUGCUGUCCGAGGCCCAGACGCUUCUUGCUUCGCAUCCCAGCGUCACCAUCUCGUCCUACUACUUUGCCAUCACGGCGUGCCAGGCGCAGGCGCGGGACGCCGAAGCUCUCUUUGACGCGUACUCGGUCGCGGGCAUUGACGGUAUCGGGCGCCACAUCAAGCACAAGCACACGCACGCCGACAUCUGCGACGCGCUCAUUACGAGCUGGAGCAAGGCGCGCGAGUCCCGCAAGAUCUUGGCGUUUGCGACGACGCUCCCGGCCGAGAUGCUGCACCAUUCGCGGACGAUGGGCUUGGUCAUGCAGGCCGCGCGCAAUGUCGAAGACUAUGCGACCGUCGUUGACAUCUUCCAGCAAGCCAAGGUGCACGGCGUGAAGUGCUCGGCCCACAUGUAUGCUGAUGCGAUGCUUGCGUACGCGCGCACCGAGCGCAGCCGCCUUAGCAUGCGCCUGUACGCCCACAUGCAGCUCGAAGAGCCCAUGCUCAGUGUCCACCCUGUGGUCAUCAACAUGCUCUUCCAGUGCGCCAACGCCUCGCCAGACGAUAUGAUGGACGUGGUCGUCGAUGCCUUUCACAAGAUGGACCGCGCGACGAGCUCGACGACGCUGCAGUCGCAAGGCGUCAUGGCCUUUCUUGACGUCCUGGCCAAAAGCAAAGCACUGCCGCGCGCCAAGUUGGCGGCCAUGCACGACGUGUGGCAAGUCGUCAUCGAGUCGCCCGAGGUCUACACGGCGCGGGACGGCACGCGCCCGCCCAACAUGCUCAACAAGGCGCUGUUGCUCGCUGUCAACGCCUUUGAUAUCGAUGCGGCCGAGAACCUCGUCAUUUCAGCCGAAGACGUGGGCAUUCGCCCGUCGCCGGUCACGUGCCAGCUCAUGAUGCGGCUGUACAGCCAGGCCGAGGACUUGUCGCAUAACGCGCUGCUCAAGGACAAACCGGCGUAUCCGGACCGCUUUGAGUUCUGGUGGCGCGCCUUCCAGGACCAGCACGACGCCGUUGUCAACGAGCACACGCUCGGACCGCUCUUGCUGGCGCUCGUGCGGGGCAUUCCGCUGCGCGCGAUUCGCGGACGAGGUCCGUUCACGGUCGACGACGCCUGGACGCUCAUGGAGACCCAAUCGAUUCCGCUCACGCGCCACAAUGCCGAGUACUUGAUGCGGAUCUACGCGCUUGACGGCGGCGAGGGCUAUGACGGCGCCUGCCGCGUCAUGAACCUCAUGCACGACCGCAAUCUGCGCCACACGCCCACGUCCCUCCAGCUCUUUGCGCAGAUGGCCCUCGCGUCUGGAAACAGCGAGCGCCUCGACCAGCUCGUCGAGUUUCUGGAUGCGCAAGACGACGAUGCCAUUGACCUUUGGCACGCGGUCGCCGACGUCAUUGCGCAUGCGGACCUGCGGCUGCGCUUCUGGCAGGCGCACUACGACCGCUUCGCGUGUACGCUCCACGCGCGCACGCUCGCCCUUGGACUGACCAAGUGCGAUUCGGCCACCGAGCUCCGCGAAUCGUGGGAGUGGCUCCAGCAGGCCGAGAGCGCGCCGACUUUGCUACUGCGCGCGGACCAGGCGUCGGCGCUGCGGUCGCGCCUCGUCGCAUGGGGCGAGUCGCCCGACGACGCGGCGUGGGCCUUGCUGCUGGCGCGCGUAUAGGCCGUCCAUCGCGCCUCCAUAGAGUCCUCGCCGUCCUCCUCCUGCCACUUCCAUGACGUCGUCCGAUACGGGUCCUCUUCAUGUUCUCUUCUUCGUGUUGCGCAAUGCGAUCCAAGCUGGCACCGCUUGGUUGACGGGAUAAUACAAUGCCACCAUUUAAUUCUACAUACAAAACGCAAGCUAUUCG